AUGGUGCAGUCAAAUCCAGUUCUUGAAGCCUUUGGUAGCGUUAAAACUGUUAGAAUAACAAUUCCAGCCGCUUUGGGAAAUUUGUCGAGAUUCAAUUUGAUAAACGUGGUAGAAGAUCGGGGGCAGCCAUCAGAAUGUUGUUGGAAUAAGUAUAGUAGAACAGGAGGCUAUUUUCAGUGUUGUUGCUGCAGUUCUUCAUCUUGGUAA